AUGAGAAAGGUUUCAGCCACCAGCAUGAGCAUGAGAAAUGACGAGGACAUGUUGGAAAAGAGCCAACGGGAACGACACCAUCGAUUCUCCACCCGGUUGAAUUCUGACUUCAAAUGGAAACUAGACAAAUCCGUCGUGGGUGCCUUGGAGGUCAAGUCACUGCCUUAUUUUGAUCCCACUGCCAGAAUGAAGGAAUCAGAUGUCAUCGGGAUGGAACAAGAGUUCGCAGAAUGCAGCAAAUUCUGGAAGGAACUUCAUCUGCGGAGGUCGUUCAUCGAGGCUGUUCAGUCGAUUCCCCCCGAGACCACCUGUUGCGGAUUAAUGCGAGAGGAUAAUGCAACGGUGAAGAAAUUGGUGCCUCUCCUAAACGAAGGAUGGGUCAAUGGGAUCAAUGAACAAAUAAAGGAUCGGGGAUACAGAAUCAGCUGCUUUGUUUGGAGCUGGAGUAAUGCCACGGGGAAGACAAACUCUGUUGUUCUGAUGAUACGGUUUCAUAGCUUGACGCAUGAAAGAAAUUAA